AUGUGUUUGGCAACCAAGGCCAUUCACAUUGAAAUAGCAUUUGAUUUGUCAGCCGAAGAAUUCAUACAUACCCUUAAACGCUUCAUUGGACGCAGAGGCAAGCCGAGUCACAUUUUUUCGGACAACGCGACCAACUUCACAGGAGCAAACCGAGAACUGAGUGAACUACGUGACAUGUUUUUAAAGGAAGAGCCCACGAUAGUGCAAAAAUCAAUUUCUGAUGGCAUUCAGUGGCAUUUCAUACCACCCAGAGCUCCCAAUUUUGGAGGAAUUUGGGAAGCAUCCGUAAGGUCAUUCAAGGCACACUUCAAAAGAGUGGUUGGCACCACUAUAUUAACAAUAGACGAAAUGCAAACGCUCUCAAUACAAAUAGAGGCUAUCCUAAAUUCUCGUCCAAUAACAGCUCUUUCCAAUGAUCCCAAUGACCUGUCCUAUCUCUCUCCUGGGCACUUUCUGAUUGGGGACACCCUUACCGGUAUACCCGAACCAACUUUAACCGAGAUUCAGGAAGGUAGACUAUCCAAGUGGCAGCGAACGGAACAGAUGCGGCAGCAUCUCUGGAAUCGAUGGUCCAAGGACUACCUCAACCAAUUGCAACAGCGAACGAAAUGGAAAGCUAAGGGGAUUAAUCUUAAACCUGGAGACAUGGUUCUCAUCCGAGAGGACAAUGCACCACCAUUGUGCUGGCCCAUGGGCAGAGUAGAGGAAACCCACCCCGGUAACGACGGCAUCGUCAGGGCGGUGACUCUCAAAACCGUGAAGGGGCUUCUCAGGAGGCCUGCUAAUCGGCUAAGUUUGCUCCCUAUGGAGUCUUGA